GCGCGUGCCUGUCACACCCCAUGACGACGGCCAGCGCGUGACCAUUGGUUGCUUGAUUGGACUACGAAGCUCGGCAGCGGGCGUGUAGGAAUCGACGACGACAACAUCCGCAAUCCUACCCGACCACGACGCUGAGAUCUGAAGUGGCUGCAGAAUCGCUACCCGUGCUUGACUCCAAUAUCGGCGCCACAGCUCAAGGCGAUAAGGCUGGCGAGGAGUAGUCGGACAUCACAUACACAUCCAUGCUCAGAACAGCGCGAACAAGCUGCCAUGAAUACGACACAGAACGUUGAUUCGGGACACUUGAAGGCGAAGAAGAGCGCGGGUCCUAGAUUGCCACCACAAGGCAGAUCUGCGGGGCCGGCGACCUUCUUCCUAAAGACGGAGAAAGAGCUCGAACAAGCCAGCCAGAGAGGGAGGAAGAAGUCACGCAGUGUGUCGUCUGCUGACGAGCAAGAAGAUACACCCGUGGGCAGCAUGGCGGAGAGCUCGUUUGGCGUGCAAAGCCUGGAUGAGGCCAUAAACGAGGGCAGUCUAUCCAGGACAAUCAGCAACAGCAGCACGCAAUCGUCCAACUCUCAUAGUGAAGCAUCGCCUCCUCGUGGCAAGAAACGCAAGUCAGGAAACAGAGUACAUCCCACGAUCCUUGCGACUGGGAAGCGCAUCAUAUCCGAUGGAAGCUCUGCUGUUGCUUCGCCCACAGCACUACACGAUCCCUCCAAACAUCUGCUUUUUAGAAGGCACUCUGGCACCUCCGCAAAUAUGAGCGCUCCACUGACGCCUAUUAAGCUCAGUCCGCAUCGAGCUGCAGUGUCUCCGAGCACGCCUCGAUCAGGAUCUCCGAAAUCGUUUCGAUUGAGCGACGAAGAGAUCAGUGUGGCUGACGAUACAGGCAGCCAAGCCAUCUGCUCUUCCAGUGGAGAUGAAGAGCAGAGCCAGCACGGUCAGCCAACACCACAGCUUGUCAUGCCCAGUCUAUCCAUGCCAGUUCGACGACCUUUCACCGAGCAAGGCAAACGCAUUGGAAGGGCGAAAAUUAUGGUUGUUGGUCCGAAACGUGUUGGCAAGACGAGCUUCAUCCACAGCCUGUUCAGAACCAGUGAACAUAUUGUACACAUGGAUCAGGUCCUUCCUAGCAUCCCCACCCAAUCAUCCUUCGCAACGGAAAGCUCACAUUACAUGCCUACGACCAUGUUCAAUGAAAUUGGCGCAUCGACGCGAUCAUAUCCCUCGUGGUGGAUAGACUCGGAGAGGCGCAGCAUGCUGCACCGGAGAAUAAGCAUUGGCGAAGGCGUGCUUGAGCGGAACCUGACGUUCAUUGACACACCGGGGCUUCAAGACGAGGACCAAGUCCAGCAAAUUCUCAACCAUGUCAAAAUCUCGCUCCGACGAACAGCACAAAUGGAGAGUAUGAAUGAUAGCGAAAUUAUCAGCUUACUAAGCGGAGAGGGUGGAGUUCAGAUCGAUGCGACUAUCUACUUGUUUGCGCCGAGCACUUCAGGCGAUCAAAAGGAUUCGUCAACGUCUGUCAGCGCUGCAGAAGGAGAAUUGUUGCAGUACUUGGGCAAAUGGACGAAUCUCAUACCUGUCAUUGGCCAAGCGGAUACACUGUCAGCUGAGGCGCUGGCCGCCCGUAAGACUGAAGUCUGCGAGAUACUGGACCGAUUGCAAGUACCACAAUUCGAGCUCACGGAAUCUCCAUCGAGUGGAGCACCGGCCGUUCUACCCCUUGGCGUCUCUUCUGCUCCUGGAGAUGAUUCAGAAGAGGUCGAUGCUAGCAUACUGAUGUCGUCUCAGUACCUUAGGCCGUUGGUGCCAAGCGAGCUGGGCCUGCUGGUAGACCGACUCUUUGAGCCUACCUGCCUUGCCCGCAUGCGUCACACAACUGCAUCCAAAUUCCUUGUUUGGCGACAGCAAAAUCUAGGAGAGCACGUUGAUCUGCAGAGACAGACUGCAUUGCAGUCACCCUCACUCGGAUUCCAUAGUCGUGUCACCAGCGCUGCGAGUCUGAUCGACGAUCCUAGCAAAGUGCUUGUCCCUCACUCAUCUUCCAGCUAUUAUAGGUCGGCCUCUCCUGCAAUCUCAGACUUCUCUGCGCAGUUUGGUCAGGGCACCGGUGCAUCAACACAAGCGCUCGCGCGAUACAACGAGCAAACACAAGCUCAGCAGCCUGCUGAACCCUUCCGUCAAGUACGGCUCGCGAAAUGGGCCCAAGAUCUUCAACGGAGCUUGCACAACGAACGACGUAAAUAUGAGCACAUGUAUACUUGCAACGUUCCAGCGUGGCCCGCGGGCGACAUCGAGAAGAAUGAGCAAGCGCUUGUUGCUACAAAAGAAGGAUAUCGAGCGUCGCGAGGUCGACUAGGUGGCGACAUUAGCGUUUUUGAUCCAAGCGAUCCUCUGGGAGUUCUUGCUCUUGGUCAAAAAUUGAGACAACGCGGCUUUGUCGUGCUGCAGAUCGUCAGCGGAGCUGGUAUCCUAGGGGCGGCGGCAUACUGGGUCAUAAGGAAUUGGCUGGAGGUGCAGGAAUUCCUUGGAUUGAGCGAGCCGGCUGGCAUGAUGCAUAGUACAGCGAUCCAUCCGCCCGCACCAGCAAGGACAGCACAUUGGCUAGAUGAGGAGUACCUUAAAGGCUUCUUCGGAUGGGGAAGAUGAGACGAAUGGCAAGUUGUGCAGCGUCGGCUCUUAUGAGCGGCUGAGGAGCGAGAAGCUUUUGAUGCGAGAGAUACCACACAUGAUUGAUUGAUGUAUGCCAGAUCCAACGAG